AUGAAAGACAUCCGCGAGAGGAUCCGCUCACAGACUCCGGCUCCGUACGAGCGCCGCGGACCUCCCAAGCCCCGGAUGGUUAGAAAAACCGGCAAUCUUACGCUUCAUCCUAUCACUCAACUUCCACCCGCCAUGAAAGAUGUUCACGAGCUGGUGCCUGCAUCGACUGCGACUACGAACGAGCGCCGCGAGCCUCCCAAGCCUCAGAUGGUCGGGAAAAGCGGCCAUCUCGCGCUCCAUCCUCUUUUUCAACCUUUACCCGCCAUGAACGACAUUCGCGAGAGGACUCCCACACCACCUGCACCAAUUCCGACUUCUAAGACCAAGCCCAAGCCCAGGUUUAUUAGAAAAAGCAACUUUCCCCACUUAAUGGGAGAGCGAGCGUCCUGGACCCCAAUUCCAGCUCAUUACUUGAGCUCGAACAUUGAUUUGAAGAUCAAGGUGGCUCAAGACUCCUCUGAACUCACCCUCCGGCGCGUGACUGAAGAGGACGCGGCUGAGGAGGAAGAGGUAAAGGACAUGUUGUUCAGGUUCUCGUCGGAAGAGUCAGACGGAGGCUCGAUGGCGAUGACGAGCCCUCGAGAUGCACCUGGCGUCUCCCUUGCGCAUGAUCUCUCAGACAGUCGACCGGGAACCAUCGACAUAGUCGUCGAAUCGUGUCCCCACAAGCUCAAGGCGUACGACACCUCCAUGACGUCUUUCAGGUCUAGAGGACCGCGCGCUAUAGCCCGUCCACCUCUCUCCAUGCCCGGCGUGAAAGCGCACGACAUCUUUAUGCACUGCACACCCGGUGGGCGUCAAAUAUGGCGGGCGACGGCCGAGCUGAAGUGGGUGCGGGCGGAGUUAGACAUGGUCCACCCCGUCUAUCGCAAACCCCAAUACGAUCUGCAUCUUUCGAACGAUAACUGGGCGCGAUGGAUUCUGCACAAGACUCUCGUUACGUACUACGGCAGGCAGAAGCUCCAUUUCACCUAG